CAAACAUUUGUGAAAGACUUUUAAUGUUGAAGAAAAAGAUUAUGAGUGGAGUUGUUGUAGUAGAAACAAAAUAUUAUGGUAUAUCAAAGAAUAAUGGUUAUGAAAAUAUAGAGUUACAACAAUUAUCCAAAAAAGUAUUUGUUCCAAAACCAAUUUUUUUAAAUGAGGUUGAUAUGGUUGAGGAAGAAGUGCUUGGUAGAAAUCAAUGCUUAUUGCAAAUAUCAAAUUUAUGUAUAAGCAAAGUGAAAGCAUUGUGUCUUGUUGGAAUGGGUGGAAUAGGCAAGACUACAAUAGCAAAGACAACAUUGAAUAAUGUGAAGCAUAUGUAUGAUGCCUCAUGCUUUAUUGAGUGUGAUGAAAGUACAAGUGAUUGUUACCAAAGCCUGUGCCACAUCUUAGAACAAUUGAAAGUUGAAGCAAAACCAAAGGAUUUGAAAGAAUCACAAAAAAUGUUGAAGUUGUUUUUGUCUAGAAAAAGAGUCAUUAUAGUCUUUGACAAUGUAAUAAAUCAAAAUCAAAUUGAAGAUGUUGUGCCUAUGGAUGAUUUAUUUUCAAUGAGUGGUAGUACAUUAAUUGUCACAACUCAAAAUGGGGAAGUUAUGGAGCAUUGUGGUAUUGAACUAUGUAAAAUAAAUAUUGAAGAACUUGAUGAAGAAACAAGAUUGAGGUUGUUUAUCACUCAUUCUUGUGGACAUGAAGGCAAAUUGCCUAAUGAACUUGUUGAAGUUGGCAAAAAGAUUGUGAAAGCAUGCAAUGGCCUACCAUUGAGUUUGAAAGUUAUGGGUGCAUAUUUAAGAGAUAAAAAGAGAUUGAGAUGUUGGGAGCGAGCUUUUCAAAGAUUGAAGAGGGGAAGAGAGUUGGAUGGAGAUGAAAAGAAUAGUGAUUAUAAGAUUUGGAAUAUAUUGAGAGUAAGUUUUGAUAACUUGAGAGUUGAAGAGAAGAAAAUGUUUUUGGAUAUAUGUUGUUUUUUUAACAAUGAUGUGUUUUUGGAAGGCAUGUUGAAAGAAAGAGCAUUGCGAAUAUGGUCCAACAUAGAAGAAAAAAGAGCAAAAGAAGAUAUGGAAUAUACAUUAAAUACAUUGAUUAACCAAUCAUUGAUAAAAGUACACAAAUAUGGAGUUAUAAGAGUGCAUGAUCAACUACGAGACAUGGGUAGAAAGAUUGUUGAAACAGAAAUAGAAUAUACGAACACACGAAUGUGGAAUAUGAAUGAAGAGGUGUCUGAUGGAAUUAAUGAAAAGUUGGAGGGAUUGUGUUGCAACAAUGUGAAGGGGUUUAAGUUUAGUGAAAUGAAAAGUGCAUGCUUUUCAUCACUCCGAUUAUUAAUUUGUAAUGAUUGUGAUGUCACAUCCAAAGAUGAUUUGGGAAGGUUUUUGAAGUUGACAACACAUUUAGUCAACUUAAGAUGUUUUGUACUAGUUUGCCCAAGAUUGACAUCAUUGCCAAAUGAAUUGGGCAACCUCACAUCUUUGACUACCAUUGAUAUAUAAUGGUGCUCAAGCUUGACAUCAUUGCCAAAUAAGUUGGGCAACCUUACAUCUUUGACUACCUUAUA